UAAAACCGUUGUUCCUGUCAGUCGGUGCACUUCCCCGUUCAGUCAUUGAGUACUUAGUUUGAUAGUUCACUUGCCGAGUUGCACCGUGGGUAUAUACAAGAUGACCCAUGACAGCCAAGAGCUUCAACCGAACCAAGGCUCUUCCUCUGGAACUGCUCCUCAAUCUACCCAAGAUGGCCAGGAACAGCAACAGGAAGAGCCCGGGCGGGACAGCAAAAUGUUCUCCUUAGCCGGGUCCCAACCCCCAUCACGAAACCAGCCAGUCGCCUAUGUUGACCCCGAGUACACCCAGUACAACCCCCACUACAAUGAGGAAAACCGUGAACCGGUAUGGAGUUUAGCCCAACCACUACCUAGGGUCGUGCGCCCUGGAAUGCGACCGGAAAGUGCGAUCAAAGAAGAGGACAAAGAAGAGCAAGACAAGCCAUCCAAGGACCAUCAAGGGCCUGGCCCUGCCGCGCAAGAGCCACCAGCAGAGGUGCCACCCACUGAUGAGCAGGAAGACCGUCCCGAAGCCAAAGUGGCCCGACCCGACGACCGGGGCUUUCACAACCGCUGGAGCAAAUUGCGACACUUCUUCCGGCAGGAGCUGGCCGAGUGGAUUGGCACAACCGUUGCUAUAACUUUGGGCCUCUGCGCCAGUCAGUCCACCUACACCUCGAACAACCAAGCUGGCACCUACCCGUCAAUCGCACUCACAUGGGGCGCCGCCUACAUGAUUGGCAUAUACGUGGCAGGUGGCAUUUCCGGCGGGCACCUCAAUCCAGCCAUUACCAUCUCCAUGUCCGUCUGGCGAGGAUUUCCCCUCCGCAAGUGCCUGACCUACAUUGUAGCACAGGUUCUCGGCGGCCUGACGGCGGGCGGACUCGCGUACGCCAUCUACCAUGACCAGAUUGUCACAGCCGCCGCGACGAGAAAAGUACCCCAGAACCAUUCCGCCGCCUUACAGGGACUGCUCACUUUCCCCAAGGACAAUGUUCAGCCGGCAACCGCAUUCUUCACCGAGUUCCUGGCAACGGCCGUCCUGGUCGGCUCGAUCAUGGCGCUGGGCGAUGACGCCAACGCCCCGCCGGGCGCAGGCAUGCAGGCAUUUAUCAUCGCGAUAUUGAUCAGUGCAAUUUUUUUAGCCCUAGGCUACAACACUGGAGGAUGUUUCAACGGCGUGCGAGACUUUGGCCCUCGAUUGGUAGCUGUCAUGGCCGGCUGGGGCGGCCACGUUUUUCGGGACCACGACGUAUGGUGGAUCUGGGGUCCCUGGGCGGCCGUCAUUACCGGAGGACUCUGUGGGGGAUUUGCCUAUGACUCUCUCAUCUUCACCGGUGGCGAGAGUCCGGUCAAUUAUCCUCCACGACGGCGAAAGCGCGCGGCGCUCAUUAAGGAGAAGAAUAUUCGGCGGAAAUUGCGGUUCCGAAAGGGGAAAAUUCAGGAUAUAGAGAAGGCGGUGCAAAAAACUGAGGAGUGACUACACUUGGGCAUGAACAUGAAGGGCCGUACGAUGUACGUCGGCGGCCCAAUUGACCAAUUGGUCAGGAUCAGUCAGAAGCUUUAAUUCCUGCCCAUUUUCGACGGGUGUCUAUAAUGAUUUUCUUACGUACAUAGUUCGAUGACGGGCGCCAGGGUAUCUGAAUAUAGCCCUCUACAAUCAAUCCCAGAUGAAAAAAGGCUG